CUUCGAGUAAAAAUAACGGCUUUCAACUUUCUCUCUUGCUUUCCUCUCCAUUUGCGCCUUUCGUGCUCAGUUUCUCAGCAGCAAAGCAGAGAAAUUUCAUCUCCCAUCUCCUUCUCCAUCGGGCAGAAUGCGCGAUUCGCGAACCUGAUUCUGGGAAGUAGAGAAGAGGACUGAAGAGAGACUGCGGUGUUUAUUUAUCUGACUUAGGAUUACGAUCCGAGCUCACAAUGAGUUCGAUGAUGAUAAUCAAAUUAGGGCUGCUGCUUUGUUUUAUUUCCGCGAAUUUGAUAACCCCUUCCCAAUCGGCCGUGUCGAGUGUAGAUCUAGGUUCAGAAUGGAUGAAAGUAGCGGUAGUGAACUUGAAACCGGGUCAGAGUCCGAUCGCCGUCGCCAUCAACGAGAUGUCCAAACGGAAGUCGCCGGCCUUAGUGUCGUUCCACUCGGGGACUCGUCUGCUCGCCGAGGAAGCUGCCGGAAUCACCGCUCGUUACCCUAACAAAGUGUUCUCGCAGCUUCGGGACAUGAUCGGGAAGUCGUACAAGGAUGUGAAAGGUGUUUUGGAUUCAAUGUACUUGCCGUUCGAUGCAGUGGAGGAUUCCAGGGGCGCCGUUGGGUUCAAGGUGGACGACGGUCAAGUUUACUCCGUUGAGGAAUUGUUGGCGAUGGUUUUGGGCUACGCGUCGAAUUUGGCCGAGGUCCAUGCUAAGUUGCCUGUGAAAGAUGCCGUCAUUAGUGUACCGCCGUAUUUUGGGCAGGCGGAGAGGAGAGGGUUGAUUCAGGCAGCUCAGUUGGCUGGGAUGAACGUUCUUACUCUGAUAAACGAACACUCAGGUGCGGCAUUGCAGUAUGGGAUUGAUAAGGAUUUCUCUAAUGGGUCGAGAUAUGUGAUAUUCUAUGAUAUGGGUUCAAGUAGUACUUAUGCUGCACUUGUGUAUUAUUCGGCGUACAAUGCCAAGGAGUUUGGGAAGACUGUGUCAGUUAACCAGUUUCAGGUUAAGGAUGUUAGAUGGGAUUCAGCGCUUGGAGGUCAGAACAUGGAAAUGCGGUUGGUGGAGUAUUUUGCAGAUGAAUUCAAUAAGCAGGUUGGAAAUGGAGUUGAUGUGCGGAAGUCUCCCAAGGCAAUGGCCAAACUGAAGAAGCAAGUUAAGCGGACCAAGGAAAUAUUGAGUGCAAAUACAGCGGCUCCGAUUUCGGUUGAGUCUCUCUAUGACGAUCGUGAUUUCAGGAGCUCAAUAACACGGGAGAAGUUCGAAGAGUUAUGUGGUGAUUUAUGGGAUAGAUCCCUUGUCCCCAUCAAAGAAGUAAUAAAGCAUUCUGGUCUCAAGCUGGAUGAGAUAUACGCUGUAGAGCUUAUUGGAGGUGCUACAAGAGUGCCAAAGUUACAGGCUAAGAUUCAGGAACUUCUUGGAAGAAGUGAGUUGGACAAGCAUCUGGAUGCGGACGAAGCUAUAGUUCUUGGUGCAGCAUUGCAUGCUGCAAACUUAAGUGAUGGUAUCAAAUUGAACCGUAAGCUAGGAAUGAUCGAUGGUUCUUCAUACGGAUUGGCUGUUCUACUGGAUGGCCCAGAUUUCAAAGAUAGGCAGUCACUGGUACCUAGGAUGAAAAAGGUCCCCAGUAAGACGUUCCGAUCCAUAGUUCUUAACAAAGAUUUUGAAGUUUCACUUGAAUACGAGACUGAUGAACCCUUACCGCCCAGCAUCAGUUCACCAGUGUUUGCACAGUAUGCCGUGUCUGGUCUGACGGAGGCGAGUGAGAAGUAUUCGUCACGAAAUCUCUCCUCCCCCAUAAAGGCAAAUCUGCAUUUUUCACUCAGCAGGAGUGGGGUUCUCUCUUUGGACCGAGUAGAUGCUCUUGUGGAGAUAUCAGAGUGGGUGGAAGUCCCAAUAAAAAAGAAUCUCACCACUGAAACUAUCACGAACUCUUCAAGCAGUACCCCAGAGACAGGUACCAAUAAUGGAGCUGCCGAGAAUACCACAACGAGCUCUGCGACUGAGAAUUCUUCAGAGGGAAGUAACGAAACGACGGGCAGUGACUCUAACUCAGAUGUCAAAGAACCAAGCACCACCGAGGUGGCUGCCGAGAAGAAGCUUAAAAAACGAACAUUCAGGGUUCCACUGAAGAUCACUGAGAAGACAGUAGGUCCAGGAAAGCCCCUUUCAGAAGAAUCUCUGGCUGAAGCUAAAAGAAAGCUGGAAGAAUUGAACAAGAAAGAUGCAGAGCGACGAAGAACUGCUGAGUCGAAAAAUAACUUGGAAGGAUAUAUAUACUCAACAAAAGAAAAGCUUGAAACAGACGAGGAGUUUGAGAAGAUAUCGACAAGUGAAGAACGCCAGUCGUUCAUUGAAAAGCUUGACGAGGUUCAAGACUGGCUAUAUACUGAUGGUGAAGAUGCAACUGCCAGUGAGUUUGAGAAACGUAUGGAGUCUUUGAAAACCAUUGGUGACCCAAUAUUUUUCCGAUAUAAGGAGCUGUCAGAACGGCCAGAUGCAACCAAAUUUGCUAGGAAGUACCUCACUGAGCUGAAGCAGAUUGUAGAAGGUUGGGAGGCAAACAAACCUUGGCUCCCAAAGGAUAGAAUAACUGAGGUUCUGAAUGAUGGUGAAAAGUUGAAGAGUUGGCUUGAUGAGAAGGAGGCAGAGCAGAAGCAGACUUCUGCUUCUAGCAAACCGGCCUUCACAUCUGAAGAAGUGUACACCAAAGUAUUUAAGUUGCAGGACAAGGUUACCAGCAUCAACAAAAUCCCCAAGCCGAAACCCAAAGUCGAGAAGCCCAAGAAGAACGAGGCAGAGGAGCCUAAGAAAGCCGAAACACAAGAAGAUCCCAAGAAGACCGAGACAAAUGAAGAGCCUAAGACCACUUCAGAGGAAGCCACUGCCUCUGAUAGCUCAGCUAGUGAGAAGGAUACUGCAGAUUCUCAGGCACACGACGAGUUGUGAUUGAACAGAAAACCCGUUACCACCGCGAGUGAGGAACAAUGCCAUUCGUUAGCUGGUCUCCAGAGCCAAACUCAAAUCAACAGGAAGAAUUAUCAUAGAGAAGGUAAAUGCAUUUGCUGGAUGAUAUGAAUUGGAGAGCCUCAAAAGUUUCUUCAUCUUUAAGGUUCAUUGGUUCAGCGCGGUUUUCUGCUAGUUUCCACAGUAUAGCUGCCGGGUUUAGAUGGCCAGAAGGAACAGUAGGUCUGUGUCUGUGAUCUGGAAAUUUUGUUAAGGCCAGUUCUGGUUUAACAGUCUCAUUUUUGCUCUUCAUUGUAGGAAGAGACUAAUAUAUGUAAACAACGCAAAAAGAUGAACAACUUUUUUCUGGGUAGUGUAGUAUUUGAGUUAUAUAUACUGCCAACUCUCCUUGGGCCAUAUGUUGAGCCCAUUUUGAGCCCACUCUAUCGACUUCUUUCCUUAGCCCGUUUUCAGCCCUUCCUCUUUCCGUUACGAAUUGGAAGUAGGGUUCCAGCGGUCGG